GGGGAAAGAGGUCGAAACCGAAGUUCAACUAACAGUCUUAUCAAGCGAGGGUAGUUGGCUCCUAACUGUCAUCACUCCAGAAGAGAGACGGCUUCGUCUCUUACUUCAAUGCCGCCCAUAAUUCUCCCCUGCAACUUUCACUCUUUCCCUCUCUACAAAGUCACGAGCUUCUCAUGGGAAUCAGUGGUAUUACCAAAGUUUUGUCUUACAAUGGCUUCUUCAAAGAGGAGACUGCUCAUGAGGUCCUUAUCACAGGACAGGAAGAACUUGGACCAGAUAGGAACUUGGGUUUCAGGAAUUGGAUAGAAUUGUUGUUGAGGAAGUUAAUUCCAGGAAAAAAGUUUGCAAGAAGGUCUGAAGAUGUAGAGAAAGUGCAUUCUUGGUUGCGUACAUUGUCCCAGACUGACAGGGAUUUGGUUUUCGAGUACGUUGGAUCAACUGAAAGAGGCUUGAGUUUUAAGGAGGCAGACAGGCGGCUUAAAGAAGUUGGCCGAAAUAUACCCUUGGAUAUUACUUUCCCAAGAUGGUGGAAACUCCUAUGGACUGCAAUAUUUCAUCCAUUCAAUAUUAUUCUAUUUGCCUUAGCUUCUCUAUCAUACUUAACUAGUGAUAAUGGCAAUGGAAGUAUUAUGCUCACACUGGUUUUUGUUAGUGUUGGGCUUCGAUUUUACCAGGAGUUCAGUAGUUCGAAGGCUGCAAUGAAGCUCUCAGAACUUUUAAAUUCACCUGUUAUAGUUCAGAGAUGUGCUGGGAGAGUUGUACAGACCGAAUUACAAGUUCAUGUUGAUCAACGGGAGGUGGUUCCUGGUGAUAUUAUUCUCUUCAGUUCGGGAGACCUCUUUCCUGGUGAUGUACGGUUAUUAACAUCUAAAGAUUUGGUAGUAAGUCAGUCUUCUUUAACUGGGGAAUCUGGGACUAUGGAAAAGGUUGCAGACAUUAUAGAGGACCCAUCUACUCCCUUGCUGGAGCUAAGGAAUAUAUGCUUUAUGGGAACCAGUGUAAUAGCAGGCUCCGGCACUGGAUUGGUUGUUUCCACUGGAUCUAAAACAUACAUGAGCACCAUAUUUUCCAGUCUAGGAAGACAAAAAAUGCUGGAUUCCUUUGAGAAGGGUGUCCGUCGUGUGUCUUAUGCACUCAUAUGCUUCAUGCUUCUAAUUGUCCCUAUCGUCGUCUGUAUAGAUUUCUAUUCUUCACAUAUCUUGAGUUCCAGUAUCCUUUUCGGCAUCUCAGUGGCUGUAGGGCUUACUCCACAGAUGCUUCCUCUAAUUGUGAAUACCAAUCUUGCAAAAGGAGCUCUUGCAAUGGCUAGAGACAGGUGCAUAGUUAAAAGCCAAGUUGCAAUCCAGAAUAUGGGGGCUAUGGAUAUCAUUUGCUUGGACAAGACUGGUACGCUCACCAUGGAUCGUGUUAUAUUGUUUCAUCACCUUGAUGGUUGGGGUGUACCCAGAGAGAAGAUCCUUCAUUUUGCGUUUCUUAAUUCUUACUUCAAGACUGAAAUGAAGAAUCCUAUAGAUGAUGCGAUAUUGGCAUUUGUUUAUACUGGUGGAUACAAGUUUCAACCUUUAAAAUGGUGCAAUUUAGAUGAGAUUCCUUUUAGUUUUGCUCGGCGGAGAAUGUCUGUCAUUUUAGAAACCAAUGGAAAUAGUUUUGCUCAUAUAUAUAAUAAUGAUCCAGUACUUAGGCUUAUAAUAACUAAAGGAGCACUUGAAGAAGUAGUAAGGAUUUGCAACUAUAUCGAGGAUGUUGAGAAAGGGUUAAUUGUAUCAAUCUCUUCAGAUGACUGUCAAAGAAUCCUUCAGAUGGGUGAUGCUUUGAGCAACGAUGGAUUGAGAGUACUUGGAGUGGCUACAAGAAGGCUAAGAAUGGUGAAAUCCACUCUGGGGACCAAUAAUGAAGCUCUGGAGUCUGACAUGGUUUUCCUCGGCAUCCUCGCAUUCUUUGACCCCCCGAAGGACUCUGUGAAGCAGGCGCUAUGGCGCCUUGCCGAGAGAGGGGUGAAUGCCAAGGUCCUAACCGGUGACUCCCUCCCCCUAGCCAUCAGAAUCUGCAAAGAGGUCGGAAUUCACACCUCCAACGUCAUAACUGGGCCUGCCCUCGAGUCCCUCGACCAGGACAACUUCCAUGAGGCCAUCAAAGGGGCCACAGUGCUCGCUCGCUUGACUCCCACCCAAAAGCUCCAAGUUGUUCAAUCUCUAAAGACCGAAAACCAUGUUGUUGGCUUCUUGGGUGAUGGAAUAAACGAUUCACUGGCCUUAGAGGCUGCCGAUGUGGGAAUCUCUGUUGACUCAGGAGCUUCAGUGGCCAAGGAUGUUGCUGAUAUUAUCCUUCUUGAAAAGGACCUCAAUGUACUUGUUGCGGGUGUGGAGCGUGGUCGAGUCAUUCAUGGCAACACCAUGAAAUAUUUGAAGAUGUCUGUGGUGGCCAACCUAGGGAGCGUGGUUUCCCUGGUCGUGGCCUCUGUGUGCUUGCCAUUUGAGCCCCUUAGUCCCAUGCAACUCCUCACACAAAACCUCCUCUACAAUGUGAGCCAGAUAAUGAUCCCAUGGGAUAAGAUGGACCCAGAGUAUAUAAGCAUCCCUCACCAGUGGUCCCCUAAGGGGAUAAUCAUGUUCAUGCUUUGGAAUGGACCUGUUUGCUCAGUUUUUGACAUGGCUGCAUUUGUUUUCCUAUGUUUGUAUUAUCAAGCAGGGACCCUCGAGAAUUCGAAGUUUUUUAGGUCAGCUUGGUUUGUUGAGGGGCUUCUUAUGCAGACACUCAUAAUCCACAUGAUUAGGACAGAGAAGAUCCCCUUUGUGCAGGAGUCUGCAUCGUGGUCAGUGAUUUGCUCAACAAUCAUUGUUUCAUUGGUUGGGAUCGCAUUUCCAUUCACGCCACCAGGUAGAGUGAUGGGUUUGGACAGCUUGCCAUUGUCAUAUUUUGGAUUCUUGGUUGUGCUCUUUCCUGGGUAUUUUGUCGUUGGUCAGCUUGCCAAGAUAGCAUACAUCAAAAUUUUCAAAAGUUGGUUGUAAUAGAUAGCAUUUUUGUACAAGUAGUGUUUAUUUUCUUUUAUUGGGUUCGUUAAAUGUUUGAUCGGGGAGAGUAAUUUCUGUCACUGAAUUGAAAAUUAGAUGAGUUUUCUAUGAUCUAUACAUGGAGACCUCCUGAUUACAAUGUAAUUCUUUUUUUUUUCCCCACCCUUCCCUUUCUUCUCGUAUAUGAUUCAUGGGAGGUGCUUCU